UAAAACUUGCGAAGAUGCGGAAGAAAAGACGCUAAAAUGGCUGCCAAGGGAAAUGAGCAACACACAAAUCUUAAAAUUUAUAAUCUUGAUGAAACGAGUGAUAAUAUCGAGGAGAUUUCGCACGAAAUUAAACAGCAUGUUAGUCAAAAUGUCGCAGAUAGAGUCGUAACAAGAUUUAAAACAUUUCACGACGAUUUAGAAACGAGUUUUUCCCAAGAAAGAUCGGGAAUUGAAGAGUAUUACGAAAAUGAGAAAAGUGAUAUUAUUAAAGGUUUUAUGUUGGAGAAGAAGAUGUUGAAUGAAGAACAUGAUAAAGAGAAACGAAACCUAAUUCAAAGUUUUAUUAAAGAAAGACAAAAAUUGUUACAAAGUUUUCAGAAACAAGUGAAGGAUGUCAAAGUGAAGAUGCGAAAAUCGAGUCAAGAAAGUGAAAGUAUUUUUACGAGCGUCGGUAGUGAAGCGAGACCACGUGAUGAGUCGCAACCAAGUAAACUUUUAAUACGCGUCGGUGGAAAUCGUAUCGUAACUCCGGAAGAAUUUUUAGCGACGCUUGAGAUAGAAGAUAGAGUUGAGAAGGAGAAGGAAACGAUUGAAAAAAUGUUUCGUAAAGAAAAAGAUCGCAUUAAAGAAAAACUAGAAAUCGAUUACGAACGAAAGUUAUUACGAGAAAAACAAAAACAUGAUAAUGAACUGCGUUCGUUGAAAAGCGAAGUCGAAAAUUUAAAGGGCUUAAAAUUUGAAGUUGCGUCGGUGUGGAAACAACAGGCGUCAAAAAUCGAAACUGGAUUUCAAAAAGAAAGGUCAGAGUUAGAAAGAUACUACAAAGAAGAGGGCGAAAAUCUUCGAAAGAUACUUGAAGAGGAACAUCGACGUAAACUAGAUUCACAGCAACGCGAAUAUGAUCAAAACAUAAGCAAACUUAAAAGCGAGUUACUGCACAUAAAGAAAGACGCUACGAAACACAAAGAUAUGGGUUGCGAUAAUUCACAACAACUACGACACGAUAUGACCAAACAAUUGCAGGAAAGUUUUGAAAGAGAAACAAAAAUCAUAAGAAAACAAAACGAAAAAUUAUCUGGUGAAAUUAAUUCGCUGACGACGGAAAAGUACGAAUUGAGUCGUAAAAUUCGCGAAAUGGAGGUAAAAAUUGAGAACGAUACAAAAGUAACGAAACAAAAUUUCGAUAAAAUGAAAAAGGAAUACGACAGCAAAAUUAAAAAAAUAAGAUCACAGAAUGAUAAACUAAAUCUUCAGCUUCGUCGUUGCGACAAACAAAAGGAAGAGUUAUUCUCAAAAGUUCAAUCCAAUAAAAACAAUAACAAAAUUGUGGAAAGUAGAUUAGCGAUGACUGAACGUACCGUAACCGAAUGCGAAGAUAUCAUUAUAAAUACACGGUUAGAAAAUUCAAAUUUGUCGCAUGAAAUCAAUUUAUUACGACACGAGAAAGACGAAUUAUUGAAAUGUAUAACAAGCUGUCAAGAAAAGGAACGAACAACAAAAUGCGAGGUAAACAAACUUGAAAAAGAGGCUACUGAGUCUUCUGGUCGUUACGCACUCCUAGAAAGAGAAAAGCUACAACAUGAAAAAUUAAUUGCCAGUCUCCGAAGGGAACUGGAAUCUAGUUUAUUAUUGUUUAAAGAAAUUAAAACAAAAGGCUCUGCUCUUGAAAACGAGGUAAACAGAUUACGCCAGCUGUUGGAUUGUGAGAGAAGGGAGGGUAAGAGGCUGCAUGAGAGGUUCAAACAAGAUGCUGAACUGUUACGCAAGAAAGAAACGGAAAAUGCCAGCAUGUCUGAACAAUUAGAUAAAUUAAAAACUGAAUUACAAAACGUGAAAAAUAAAAUGGAACUUGACAACGAGAAGAUCUUACGAACGUUAAAUGAGAAACAGCAAUUAAUAGAACAACUUGAGAAGUUAAAGCUGUCUGAAAGCAUCCAGAAGAAACACGAAAUUGUUACCAUACAAAGCCAAUACGUUAAAGAAUUUUCGAAACGUCUUGAUUAUGUGAAAGCUAAUUACAAACGGGAAAUCAGACACCUUAAAAAUAAAAUUAAUUCACUCAAACAAAAUAACAGCCCUAAAAUGUCUGUGGAUACUUCGAAAACGCAUAGUCUUGAAACCACUAAUCAGUGGAAAGAGAUGAAUAGAAUUAGCGACUGUAAUACUGUACUCAACUUACCUAACGUUAACGGUGAACUCAGUUUUCAUGUUGAUGUCUGCAGUUUUCUAAACAAUGAGCAACAUAAUCAAAACGGCUGUAAUUUAAAACAAUCCCCUUGUGAAUCCAGUGAAAUGAUGGAAACCAGUUCCCCUGAAUUUACCGAUCAAAUAGGCUUAUUUAAAAAAUACAGUCAUAAAUCAACCAAUGGGUUGUCUUCUCCUAAAACACGUAAAAGUAAACCGCCAGUACAUUUUUCUUCUUCAAACACUGAUUGCCAUAAACGUAAUCACAUUGAAAGUAAUACUGUUUGUAAGGCUGAAAACCACUUUUUUCUCGUAAAACCAGAAUCAUCCAGUCAGAAUGUUUUAAAUCAUAAUGAAGACGUCAGUGCUUUUAAAUCAUUUCAACAACUGUCAAACUAUAGAACGUCAAAUCGUUUUACCAAUGGCAAACAGAACAAUAAUCUCUACGAAAAAGAGCCGGUACUCUCUAAACCAUCUGGAGUUUAUCCAUGGUCCAACCAUAAAGUGUAUGACAAUGCAAGUAAUGGUUCUCUCCCACAUGAACAGGUAGACUCGUUGGGAAUAUCAAGCGUUCAGACUUUACCCGCAAUACCUGAAGUCACAAGAAGUUCAACGACUCAAACCGACGAAGAUAAUCAAAUUACAACCAAGUCUGAUAACGUGAACGAAUUAUUCUCACGCGUUCACGUGGCCGAGACGCGAUCAGAUAACGAAGAGUUGCGCAAGUUACUAAAAGAUGUGAGAAAAGAAGUUCUGUUGCUCAAUAAAAUGAUUGAUGAAAAAACUCCAACUCCAACGCCACGUUAUAGUUCACUGAUGAUAAGUCCUGUAUGUCGGAAUUUAACCAAUGGUGGCAAAGAUAUUUGUAGUGAGGAAGAAAGAAAAGGAGAAAAACAUGAUGGUUUCCAUGAAGCAGAAGUGAACGAGAUUCAAGACACGGUGAGAAGAUUAUGCUUAGAGAACUCUGAAUUGCAAAAAAGAAUCAGUAAGCAACAACAAGAGAUUUUGAACCAAGAGACAUCAUGUGAAGAGCUGCAGAAAAGACGAAUGAUGCUAGAAAAACUCGUGGAUCGCUUGCAAACAAAAUUGCGCGAAGAAACAUCGAGAAGAAGACAACUGGAACAAGAAAACAAUGCAAUCAAUGAGGAAAAAGAAGAAGAAAAUAUGGAUAAUUCGACUGUGUAGAUGAUUCGACUGUGUAGAUGAUUCGACUUUACAGAUUAUUUGAUUGUUAAAUGAUUCGACUUUGUAAAAGAUUCAGAGGUGUAGAUGAAGAACAUGCUAUUUACUGUUCUUGCAUCUGACAACAUUUAUGUUCGAAGAACUUGGCUGCAAACUCAUGACAAGAUGCAAGAUGUCCAAUAUAUGGUGAAGUGUUACCCACAAUAAAUGUUGCAAUCCACAUAAUCCAUGGAUAACAAUAAAUGUCGCAAAGUUAGAUGUCACAAGUCAACAAUAAAUGACGCAAUUUUUAAAUCUAUUUUCUAACGUAUUUACAACUUUCUUUAAAUGUCACACAAAAAUAUUGCACUUUUUAAGUUUCUGCGGUAACUGUGCCAUUGUCAUCUUUUCAGAUCUAUGCAGCAGGGUAUCUAAAACCUAAUACUUUUUAUGAACAUGUAACAAUGGUAUAUGUUCUAUUGAGUUGGGAUUGUAAAGAAGCCAUUAAAGGCUGUUUCCUACUUCAAGAAAGAUACGGACAAGAACAAAACAGAACAGAAUAUGUUCUGCUGACAAUUUCCAAUUCAUAUUGCGUAUAUUUUAAUACAAAAAGUAUAUGCACUUUGCGCAAUUCUCACGAAAUAGAAUAAUCUGAUUAGCUAACUAAGUUUCUUGAGCAUGCGUGCUUAAGAUGUUUAUAACACGUGAAUGGAACAUUUUCUUGUCUGUUGCGGGUAAAGUAGAAUUGACUUCAACUUUUCCUUUGCGUUGUUCUGUUCCUUUCAAUUUUGUUCCGAGGAAAAUUUUCUUGAAGUGGAAAAUAGCCUUAAAGAUAAACGCACAACAAAAUUUUAUAUAACACACGAAAGACCAAACAAAGACUAAUAAAGCACCUAGUUCGCCAGGAUGUUCUGCGGCGAAUUUAAAAAAAU